AUGGGGUCUUUGGAAGCCGCAUCUAGGCACAGAGACCCUUUACCCGCGAUAGGUUUUCUAGGGAAAGACGGAUCGGGAUACACUUCCAGACACCCUUCGAGUGCCACCGCUUCUCCAACUCCUCUGAUGAGUCCGAACGUCAUGUACUCCGGACAACCCCUACCUUACUCCUACGCGUCGAAUGCACCACCGGGGUACAUCUCGUCGCCGGAGGCACGUCGCACCGUGGAAGAUGAGAAGGAAAAACACACCCCAAGACAGUCGCUGCCAUCAAUUCAUGAGGCCCUCGGCAACGACAAUCCUCUCCCAUACCCUGCAUCUACCUCCGCUCCACCACCACAAUCCACACACCCUGCGCCGCCUUCACAUCUCAUCGGAAGACCGAGUGCAGAAGGUCCAGCUGGACCACCAAAUCCCUUUUCGAAUGGACCACCGACCGGACCCUUGAUGCGGGAACCCGGUUUCUCGCAUCAAGGUCAGUUGCAAGAUGCAUCGCGUUCCAGUAUCACCUCCAUCAAUACACAAGAUUCGCGCAACCCUUCACUACACUCCAUCAGCACGGGGAAGUCUCCUACACAGAGCACCAAAACAGGCAUCACUUCGGUUGGAUCGCAAAAUUCAUCCGGCUAUGAGUACAGUGCUCCAACUUCCGCCGGUAGCUCCAGUGGUCACUCCUACCCUCCUGCUCCCUACGACAACCGUGCCUACAUGGGCGCACCCCGUGUAGAAGAAGUCAAGGGUGGAUUUGUGGGUCGACCAGGUCCUCCCCAUAGCGACUCCGGAAAACGGCAUCUGGACGUUUAUGAUGUGGAGACAUCUUUGAAUGAGAUCGCCGAAUUAAGUACGCGAACCCUAGACUUUUCGCGACACUACGCAGCUCGCGCACAUCAAACGCAGCGGUCUGGUCCGCUCUUAGGGUCCCUCCCCUCGCUAAAUGAGGUGGAGGAUAUGCUUCAUAUGCAACGGCGGAACCAAGAUGCCCUGAUCAGGAUACGCACAGCCGUGGUCAACCAGGAACAGGCUAUCGCCGAACAGAUGGCGCAACGCAAGGCUUUCAAGACUGAAGAUGAUCACAUGGCGAUGUACCAAGAAGAGUUCAAAGGCACUGGCGGAUUUGCAGGCGCAGACCCAAAGAAACGGCGUGGAAAAGCGGCCCCUCCUGGUCGUUGCCACAGCUGUAACCGAGCCGAAACACCAGAAUGGCGUCGGGGACCAGAUGGUGCCCGAACGUUGUGUAACGCCUGCGGUCUACAUUACGCCAAGCUAACUCGCAAGAUGGGUGCUCACAAGGCGGCGAGUCUGGGUUCAAACCUGAAGCCCAAGUCGGUUCUUGACUCCGCCUCACCACCCAGUCAUUAA